GCCCUGGCCUUUCUCUCUGGUGCCAGCGUUCAGCCGGUCUCUGGCCAGAGAAAGGCGACGUCUGUACGUGGCAGGUAUUCAGCAGCAUUGCUGGGAGGCUGUGCUGCUUACGUGCAACCUCAAGGCACCCGUUUGUCUCUGUUGUACCGUACCCAGCAGGUUCCCAAUCAGUUCGAAGCGCUCGCUUGAGCGGGCAACCAAUGGCGGCGUGUGUUGCAUUCGGAGGUCUUCAAGCAUCGCUGCACUUUCCUCACAGCAGGCAGGCCACGCGAGUUGGUGAACCUGGAUAUGGAGCAGCAAGACGGGUACCGCUUAGCUGCUCUAGCUCACAUGAGGUUCCUCCUUGCAGAACACUGACUGGGGCUUCGGGUGCGAAGGACGGACGGUCACCAGUGGUGGAUGCCAGCAGUGGACCUAGGCAGGCAAAUCCAAUGUACACUGUUGCAACAGCCACGCUGGCUUCCCUUGGUCUGUCGUCUGACCCCGCAAUUGCCGCUGUGGAGGGGGUGUCGGCGCCAGAAGGACCUCUGAACAGUUUGUGGCAACUAGCAGAUCUUGAUCCAUCCGUCGCAAAGGUUUUGAUCACCAUCUUGGGCCCUGUUUUUGCAAUCUCCACAUUCCUUUUCAUCAUUCGGAUAGUUAUGUCCUGGUACCCCCAGCUUCCUGCCACCAAGUUCCCUUAUGUCAUCGCUUAUGCACCCACUGAGCCGGUGUUGGGGCCCACACGAAGAUUGAUACCACCCAUCGGUGGGGUGGAUAUCAGUCCUGUCCUCUGGCUCGCAUUCAUUAGCUUUUCAAACGAAGUGUUGCUUGGCCAACAAGGUUUGCUCGUACUUCUAGCUGAGAAGAGAUUAGGCAGCUUUUGAUCAACAGUGUUAUUCCCACCAUGGGAGGCAAUCAUAAGAUAGAGUUUAAGGCCCUCAGUCAUCGUGCCUUACAAAUCCCCUUCUUCAGAAGACGUCUUUCAAAGAGGGUUCGGCGCGCUUGCUCAUCAAUUGAGGCCCUUCUCAUCGAUUCGUUCAAUCCAUUUGCAUGAGG